GAUGAAGAAGGUUGCCUGUAUUUCGUCAUUUCAGCCAAGGCGGAACACAGAGCAAGGCUGUCUGCACCGUGCUACCAACCUCUUCAGUCUGCAGGGCAUUUGAUAUACCCACCACCUCCCAUUGAUUAUGCGAACUCCGGUCACAGAAUUCCGUGCAGCCCAGCCUCUGAGGGUGGGGCGUCCUGUCUCCGGGACGCCGGGUUUUCUCUGGAAUGCCCCAGGGGUAGGAGGCGAAGGACACUGGCACGGCGGGCCUCCGGAGCCAAGAGGUGACCAGGCUGGCUGGGCAGGGCUGAGUGGCUGGGCCGAGCACGUGAUGCUCCGAGCCUGCUUCCGAGGCCCUCUGUGCGCCUGAGGCUGAAAUCGACAUUUGCCUCUGGCAGGAAAAUGAGCUUGUCACUUUCUGCCUUCAUCAGACCCUCAACCCCAAGGAGCAGAUUUCGGUAGCGUUUUAACUUUAUAUCUCAGAAUCUGAAAGCGGAAGGUCAGGCAAACUGCACACAUCAAGCGAAACGCCCUGAGGGCCGGCCAACGCGAGGGUUUCGGGCCAUCGCCCCUCACCUCCCGGGACUUCCAGGGUCUUCCCCCCAACCCGGCGCGGAUUUCUCCGCCUCGCCCGAAGGGGUCACGUGGCAACGUGGGGCCCGCCUCCCGGUGACGUCACGGCGCUCGCAGCCGUCGCGCUGAAGAAAGGAUGCUCGAGGAUGCUGUCCAGGUGGGCGGCCGUGGGCGCGAUGCGGCACUGCAGGUGUAAUUAGCAUGGUCAAUGCGGGAGCAAUGAGUGGCUCUGGAAACCUGAUGGAUUUCCUCGAUGAACCAUUCCCUGACGUGGGGACGUAUGAGGACUUCCACACCAUCGACUGGCUAAGGGAAAAGUCACGGGACACUGACAGACACAGGAAGAUCACCAGCAAGAGCAAGGAGUCCAUAUGGGAGUUCAUCAAGAGCCUGCUGGAUGCCUGGUCGGGAUGGGUGGUGAUGCUGCUCAUCGGCCUGCUGGCAGGCACCUUGGCUGGAGUCAUCGAUCUCGCCGUGGACUGGAUGACGGAUCUGAAGGAGGGGGUCUGCCUGUCUGCCUUCUGGUACAGCCAUGAGCAGUGCUGUUGGACUUCUAAUGAGACCACUUUUGAGGACAGAGACAAGUGUCCCCUGUGGCAGAAAUGGUCGGAGCUGCUGGUGAAUCAGUCAGAGGGUGCCAGUGCUUACAUUCUGAAUUACUUAAUGUACAUCCUAUGGGCGCUGCUGUUUGCAUUUCUGGCUGUCUCCCUGGUGCGUGUAUUUGCACCAUAUGCCUGUGGCUCUGGCAUACCAGAGAUAAAGACUAUUUUGAGUGGCUUCAUCAUCAGGGGUUACUUGGGGAAGUGGACCCUGCUAAUCAAGACAGUCACGCUGGUGCUGGUAGUGUCCUCUGGCCUGAGCCUUGGGAAGGAAGGGCCGCUAGUGCACGUGGCUUGUUGCUGUGGCAACUUCUUCAGCAGCCUUUUCUCCAAGUACAGCAAGAAUGAGGGCAAGAGGCGAGAGGUGCUUUCAGCAGCAGCGGCUGCCGGAGUCUCUGUUGCCUUUGGUGCACCAAUUGGAGGCGUGCUUUUCAGUCUAGAAGAGGUCAGUUACUACUUUCCCCUGAAGACCUUGUGGAGGUCAUUUUUCGCAGCGCUGGUGGCGGCCUUUACGCUGCGAUCGAUCAAUCCCUUUGGAAAUAGCCGUCUUGUUCUCUUUUACGUGGAAUAUCACACACCCUGGUACAUGGCUGAACUCUUCCCCUUCAUCCUACUUGGGGUCUUCGGGGGCUUAUGGGGAACCCUCUUCAUCCGCUGCAACAUUGCCUGGUGCAGAAGGCGCAAGACCACCAGGCUGGGGAAGUACCCAGUGCUGGAGGUCAUUGUGGUGACCGCCAUCACUGCCAUCGUUGCCUACCCCAAUCCCUACACACGCCAGAGCACCAGCGAGCUCAUUUCUGAGCUGUUCAAUGACUGUGGGGCCCUUGAGUCUUCCCAGCUCUGUGACUACAUCAACGACCCCAACAUGACUCGGCCAGUGGAUGACAUUCCAGACCGGCCAGCUGGUGUCGGUGUUUACACAGCCAUGUGGCAGCUGGCCCUGGCACUGAUCUUCAAAAUAGUCGUUACCAUAUUUACCUUUGGCAUGAAGAUCCCGUCGGGCCUCUUCAUCCCCAGCAUGGCUGUGGGCGCGAUAGCAGGCAGGAUGGUGGGAAUUGGUGUGGAGCAGCUGGCAUACCAUCACCACGACUGGAUCAUCUUCAGGAACUGGUGUAGACCCGGUGCAGACUGUGUCACACCAGGGCUUUACGCAAUGGUGGGGGCUGCGGCCUGCCUUGGUGGAGUUACCAGGAUGACAGUGUCAUUGGUGGUCAUCAUGUUUGAAUUAACAGGGGGUCUGGAAUACAUUGUGCCCCUGAUGGCGGCAGCUGUGACCAGCAAGUGGGUAGCUGAUGCAUUUGGGAAAGAAGGCAUCUACGAGGCCCACAUCCACUUAAAUGGGUACCCUUUCCUCGACGUUAAGGAUGAAUUUACCCACCGCACACUGGCCACUGAUGUCAUGCGGCCUCGGCGGGGAGAGCCGCCACUGUCAGUGCUCACCCAGGACAGCAUGACCGUCGAAGAUGUGGAGACGCUCAUCAAGGAGACUGACUACAAUGGCUUCCCUGUGGUGGUCUCCAGAGACUCCGAGCGCCUCAUUGGAUUUGCCCAGAGAAGGGAACUUAUUCUCGCAAUAAAGAAUGCCAGACAGAGGCAGGAGGGCAUCGUGAGCAAUUCCAUCAUGUACUUCACAGAGGAGCCCCCUGAGCUGCCAGCCAACAGCCCACAUCCCCUGAAGCUGCGGCGCAUCCUGAACCUCAGCCCAUUCACAGUCACAGACCACACCCCAAUGGAGACGGUGGUGGAUAUCUUCCGUAAACUGGGACUCCGGCAGUGUCUGGUGACGCGGAGUGGGAGACUUCUUGGCAUCAUCACAAAAAAGGAUGUUCUGAGACAUAUGGCCCAGAUGGCAAACCAGGACCCCGAAUCCAUCAUGUUUAAUUAGCAACAAGGUGGCAAUUAUUUUCAGAAAAACACUGACUGUGUCAUUUAAAAAGAAAUAAAUGAUAUGUUAUUAUUCCAAUGAAAGAUCACGCAUUGGGGACAGCAGAAACAAAAGCUUUGUUUGAAAGGAGGGGAAGAAGAAUGAAACCUUUAAAAACAAAAGUAUCAAUGAUUAGGCAUUUUAUAGCUUUAACCCCAUAUGAGUUUCAAGCUGUGUUUCCUAAUGAGUUUGCUACUGCUGUGGGGGCAUGUGGGUGGGUGUAAAUGAUGUGAUCUAUACAAGUAUGUGGAGCAUGAAUGCUGACUUAAGAAACUUUUACCCCUUCUUCUCAAGGCUGAUGUUUGUAACUUACAAACACACGUGAAGCGUUGAGUCCAAGAGACAAAAGGGUAUCAGCAUGUCAGCAUCCUUAUUUAUUGGUUCUUGAAGUUUUGCUGCUAUGUUACUGAAUCAUAUUAAAGACAUUUGCACUUACUUUGAUGAAAAAGAAAAAUUAAAUUUGAACACAGUGAAAGCUGCAAGUAUGCCAGUGGGUUCGCUCACAACCAUCCCAUUUCUUGCUCCUGUUCUCAGCCCGUUAUCUGACUUAUCCAUCAGUUUCCGAACCAACACCAGGCGCGCCUGCCAUGAUGAGUGUGAAGAAAUCAUUUCUCUAUGCAAGACUGGCAUCCUGGGCCUGCAUGAUGAACUAUUGGAGCAUAUAGUACUGUGCUGUGUCUCCUCCCAUACAAAGGGACGCAUCGUUAUUUUGAGGGUAUACACACCCGAUCAUUGAUUUGCAUCCCCAUUGCAUUUGCUUCAUUUAUUUAUUGCUUUUGCCCAUGCAUUCAAUAUUGAUCAUCUCAGCACUUCAUGAGCCAUAGCUGGUAGUCUCCCAGUCUGUCAUAAGCGUGCUUUCAUUUACAGUAGCAUAUGCAAGAGUCCAAACAGGCUACCCAGUGUUACCACUUAUUUUUCCUCUCAGGUCUUAUCAGAUACGACUGGAGAGGAUGAGGCAUAUGAGUUCUCAGUGGGAACCCCUCCAAAUGGAUUGCAAGAGAAAUACUAAAUUGAUUCUAAAUCUGUUCCAUUAUCUUCUCUGUAGGAUGCAAAAUGUCCAGUUUGAAUGUAUAAGCAUGUGCUUCAUACUUGCAAUCACAGCACAGGAGGACAGUGUUAAAUUUUAUACAGCCAAUUUGAGCACCGGGCAUUUUUGUAUUUGAACUUAAUGACACAUUUACUCUUUUAGUCAGGAUUUUGGUCUUUUCUGCA